AUGCUGAAGGGGCCCUCCAUUUCGGAUGGAAGUCUGUGGAUAGUCUCGCCGGCGACGAUCAAUGCGAUGUACUUCUACAAGGAUAACUCUAUUACCAUUCCCGCCGGCUUCCUGAAGAUGCCCAACUUUGACGCCAGCAGACCGCACAGUCUGAACUACGGCGCCAUUGGCGCCGUAAUAGGUCACGAGAUUUCGCACGGCUUCGAUGACGCCGGUCGAAACUACGACGAGGCGGGCAACCUGCGGGACUGGUGGUCCAAUGACACGCUCAGGCAGUACAAAAGUCGGGCGUCCUGUAUUGAAAAGCAGUACAGCUCUCAAGUGGAGCCAAUGACGGGACUUCAUGUCAACGGCAAAUCAGGCCUAGGGGAGAACAUUGCUGACAACGGGGGCAUCCACACGGCUCAUGAGGCCUUCAAGGCCCGCCAGCUGGUCAGCCCCUCGCCUCGACUGGCCGACCUGCCGCAGUACUCGCCGGAGCAGCUCUUCUUUCUCUCCUGGGGAAAU